AUGUCUAUACCAAGUUAUUUCCCAGCUCAAAACCCAUUGCCAUCUUACUGGCUGAAGGAUCCUCAUCCUCUGGCAUCAUUUCGCUCUUCAGACAAUGUCCCACCUCAAUGCGACAUAGCUAUCAUUGGCACUGGUCUUGCCGGCGUAGCGACAGCAUACCAUAUCCUUUCCGAUCCGAGUUUGGCAAGUAAGCCAAACGUGGUUCUGCUCGAGGCACGCCAGGCCUGUACGGGUGCAACUGGACGUAAUGGGGGCCAUCUAAAACUGGCAACAUGGAUUGGACGCAAUACUUCAGUCAAACAUGGAAAGGCUGCUGUUGCCGAAGUCAUUAAGAAUCAGCUGGAUCAAAUUGCUGCUCUUAAAGAAGUGGUUGAGAAGGAAAAUAUUGACUGCGAGUUCCAUGUGACUCGCUCUUUCGAUAUUUUCUUUGAUGAAGGUCAUGCUCAAGAAAUGCAAGGGUUUGUGCUUGCACACCAAUCAGAGACAUGGAGUCAACAUAUCCAUUGGGUUGACGCUUCUGAAUUGGCCAAGAUAACUGGCAUCAGAAAUAGCAAAGGGGCCUUCAGUGUGCCUGCUGCCUCCCUUUGGCCAUAUAAACUAGUCACAGCUUUACUAUCAAGAGUUCUUGAACUAGGCGGCACACUCUAUACAGAAACAUAUGUUACAAAAGUGGAAGAAUCGGACAAUCAAACCAUACUGACAACCUCAAGAGGAGUACUGAAUGCGCAUAAGACCAUCUUUGCAACAAACGCCUACACUGCAGCUUUAUUGCCCCAGUAUGAAGGCAUCAUUACGCCUUUCAAGGGCCAGAACUCUCAUCUUUCCCCUUCACCAUCAUUCCACCCAGAAAUGAUCCUUGAUAAUACAUACAACCUACACUUUAACAAGCGAUACGCGGACUACCUUAACCCAAGGCCUGACCAUACAAUCAUCCUCGGGGGAGCCAAAUGGACAUAUGAAGAUAUUCUUGAUCGGGCUCAAUGGUGGAAUACCACGGACGACACAACGCUGAUCAACGACGCUGCCACGGAACACUUUGAUACAGUUAUGGCAGAUCAUUUUCAUGGAUGGGAAGGUGCCAAAGCCCACCAUGACUUUGUCUGGACUGGAAUCAUGGGCGAAACACCAGAUGCAUUGCCACACGUUGGAAAGGUUCCAGGAAUGACCAUGAUUUUCACCACGGCUCGAGCUGUGGCUAGGAUGGUUGUUCAUGGUGUUACAUAUGAGGACACAGAUCUACCGAGCGUGUUCAGAUCGACGGCUGAACGGUUAGCGGUGAAGAACCCAGGUUUUUAA